CUAGCAGUGGACAUGGAACACUGCAUUGGGGGAGUGACAUUGCUGACUGUGCUUGGCGGAGUGCGUCGCAAUCUAGGCUAAACAGCGUGCCCCAGCCAAGGGUGGUGUUAUUAUAGACGCCCCCAAAAUUAGAGCCAAUGCCCGUAUAGCCAUGACCUCGGACAUGCCCACUGCAAAGGACGGGCAAUGUGAAUGGGCAAGUGGACAGGCUGGUCCACACAAAAGGCAACAAAGAAGGGCGACACGGGCUGGCGGGUGCAUGGCGGUGGAUAUUGCGGCACCCGCAUUGAAGGCGUUGUGGACGAGGGCGAGGGCGUGAUUGGCGUUGCAGCCAUGAUGAACGUUGGGAGGACGAGGGUGUGUAUGCAAGCCGCCGACUCUCGCGGCUGGACCAGAGUUUCCACUCCACGCCCUGGUGUAGCCAUGCAUGCAUGCAUGCAGACAGACCAAGCUGUCGAUAUUGAUAUAUUCGCGCAGAUCGAUCAAUCGACUAGUAUUAGUAUUAGUAGUAGUGGCAGUAGUGUAGUUUCUUUUCUUGUUGCCUGUCUGAAGCUUGUCGCCGUAGCGCCCUCGAUCAGCAGCAGCGUCCCCUCUCCUCCACCCCCCCAGACAACUAGUAGUAGAUACAUAGAGGGCGUCGUCUUGCUGCUGCAGCAGGGCAGGGAUCCGUCCAAGCCACCACUCAAACCACUACGACGGCCUACCAAAGGGGAUAGGCCGCCGCUGCCACUCUCCGCCGCACUGCACCUCGUCAUCCUUCUCGUGCCCGCCUAUCCGUGAGGGAAAAGCAGGCAGCGCCGCGCGUAUGCUGAGUCCUAUCAUAUCCUGUCCUGGCCCUAAUCCUGAUCCUGACCUUCUCUGGUUCAGCUUCAGCGACGACAGCGACAGCGACAGCAACACCCCCGGGUGCUUGCAGCAUAUCUGCAGAGACGACGUGAGCGGUCCGCUGCUGCGCCCCGUUGCACACCCCGUACCACACGCUUAUCCUGUCCACCAAACCCGCCGCUGCGCAUCCUCAGCGCACAGGAAUCCCCGUCCCGCAACACCACCGCGCAAGGCAGCCGCCUAGGCGUGUGCGAAGAAGCCCUACCGCUGCAUUCCAGCACGGCCUUGAAACCUUCCCGCCCUUACAUAGCGUCGAUACGACCGACGGCCCAUCUAU